UUAACCUAUAGUUUACACAGGAUUAUUUUGUAAACUUUAUAACUAAAAACAUGUUCAAAUUCAGUUAUUUGUAAUAAACACAGUUAAAUAAAGUUUAUAUACAACAAUCAACAAUGGCGAAUGGUCCAAUUGCUGAAAGAAACAGAGACGCUACAAUUUAUGUUGGUGGUUUAGACGACAAAGUCUCUGAAUCUUUAUUAUGGGAACUGUUCGUACAAGCUGGCCCACUCGUGAAUGUUCAUAUGCCAAAGGAUCGAGUGACUAUGAUGCACCAGGGUUAUGGUUUCGUGGAAUUCAUGGGGGAGGAAGACGCCGAUUAUGCUAUAAAGAUAAUGAACAUGAUAAAACUUUAUGGGAAGCCUAUAAGAGUGAAUAAAGCUUCAGCCCAUCAAAAGAAUCUUGAUGUUGGCGCAAACAUUUUUAUUGGUAACUUAGAUGCAGAAGUUGAUGAAAAGUUGCUCUAUGAUACAUUCUCAGCCUUUGGGGUGAUAUUACAAACACCAAAAAUAAUGAGGGAUCCAGAAACUGGCAACUCCAAAGGCUUUGCUUUUAUUAACUUUGCCAGUUUUGAAGCUUCUGAUGCCUCAAUUGAAGCUAUGAAUGGCCAGUAUUUGUGUAAUAGACCAAUCACUGUGUCAUAUGCUUUCAAAAAGGAUUCCAAGGGUGAAAGACAUGGAUCUGCAGCUGAGAGACUUUUGGCUGCACAAAAUCCACUUUCCCAAGCUGAUAGGCCUCAUCAACUGUUUGCUGAUGCUCCUCCAAUGGGAAUGAUGCCACCAGGCAUGACAAUGGCACCACCACCUCCGCCAGUACUCAUCAUGCCUCCUCCACCGCCAACACCGACAAGCAUGCAGCCUCCACCGCCACCACCGGUUCCACCUCCAUCGAGCUUCCCCUCAGGCAUCCCACCUCCUCCGCUUCCUCCAUCCCAACCGCCGUUGCCUCCUGGAGCGCCGCCGUUACCGCCGAUCAGCGUCUCGCCAGCGGGCAGGCCGCCGUUGCCUCCGAUGCCUCCGACCACAAGCGUCGCCGGACAGCCGCCCAGGAUGCCCCCGCCAUGGCAGUCGGGACCCGGGAGUAUUCCGCCACCACCUGGACCGCCUGGCUCAGGACCACCACCACCGUUUCCCGGCAUGUUUCCGCCUCCUCCUCCGCCAGGUGGACGUCCACCGCCGCCCAACUGGAGGCCACCACCGCCUAAUUAUGCGGGGAGACCCCCGUUUCCACCGCGUGGACCACCACCUCCUCCUCCAAAUUAUGAAGGUUGAAACUAAUGUAAUUUAUAUCAAUUUGUGGAUGUAAAGCAAGGAUUUUAUAUUUGUAAUAAAGUGUACUAAGAUUUAAAAAA